AUGGACGAUGUCGAGUCGGCGACGGUCAAGCUCGCGGAGCUGCUGCGACACCCGGAGGACCUCGACAAGAUACCCGGACUCAAGGCCGAAUUCACGCGCAAGAAGGCGGCCGUCGACGGCCAGCUCCGCCAUGGUCUCAAGGAGCAGCUCGAGUUGACCCAAUCGGGCAUGAGCAGCAUCACCGAGGGCCAGCGCACCGUCAACCUGAUCAAGGAGGAGAUGAUGAAGAUAGACAAGCUAUGCGCCGAGGCCCAGAAUAUGAUUCAGGACUUCCCGCACAUCAACUUGGUAGCCCAAACACACAAGAACUUUGAAUCCGUCGAGAAGAUGCGCAACGACAUCGAGGCUUUCGAAGACCGCCUGGAGAACCUCGAGAUGCUGCUGGCACAGGACGACCAAGACCCCGCCAACCAGCCUAAUUUGUUGCAAGUCCACUACGGCCUGACGCAGCUACGAGACAUCCGCGACGAGGCCAUGGGCCAGAUCAAGAACAGCGAUACCUCCACCGAGCUCAUCGACAAUCUCACACUAGAGAGCGGCGUUACCGUCCAAGACCUCUUCGCACGCUUGGAUGACGUCGUAGAGUGGUUUGACAGACACGUUGGGGAGGCAUGCAUAAAUCUCAUACAGCUAGUGCAGACCGACAAUGUAGGCAUGGUGGUUCGUUUGGCCGUCGUAGUCGAGGAAGAAGAGAAGACGGACAAGAAGAUCAAGGCCCUGCAGGAUGCGCAGAGGGAGUUCGGUGAUCUUGCGUCUCGCUUCAAGUCUAUUACCCAAGGACCCAAGGAGCUUCGCGGCUACAAGGAAAAGUUCAUUACUUCCAUCGAAUACGUUUGCAAGGCGGAAAUGGAUGCGGCAAGAGAAGAAUUCAUGCAAGACCCGGACAAGAUCGAAAAGUCCUUCAAAUGGUACUUCAACAACCUCAACACAGUCAAGUUGGGCAUGGUCGAUCUCAUGCCCAAAAAGUGGAACAUCUUCGACACAUAUACCAACAUCUACCACAAGCAGAUGCACGACUUUCUUAUGGAGUUUGCCGACGAUGAAGCUCUUGGACCGCAAUACCUGCUAGCUGUCAUCAACUGGGUGGACAAGUACUACGUGAAGAUGCAGAAGCUUGGGUACUCGGAAGAGCAAUUGCAGCCACAUGUCAUCGACAACCGCAGUCCCGAGCUGAUACGUACCUACCGCUCCGUCAUCAUUCAAGCCGUUGACCAAUAUAUGGAACGCAUUAACAAUCAGGAUAGACAAAGGUUCCUUCAGCAAGACAAAACAGCAUACGAGACCAACUUUGACGGCAUCACCCAAACUAGGUCACUGGGAGAUAUGUGGACACUCUUCAGUCAGAACAUUGGUGUCGCCGCCAGUAGUCAGCGUCCUGACGUUGCUGACGGCGUCGUUGACGCCAUGUUCCGUGCCUUGUUGUCUCGCCAGCGUAUAUGGACUCAGCUCAUUGAUGAUGAAAAGACUAAAUAUCUCGGACCAAAUUUCGUGCAAGACGAGGAUGAGACCUAUGUUUUGCAAGAAUGGCUUAUCGCGCUCGCAAAUGACCAAAUCAUUUGCAUUGACGACGACAUCGAUGGUAGUGGUGGGGCCUCGUUUUUGACCGUCUUUGAACGCGAAGUCACGCCCAUCGUCUCGCAAGACUAUAUGAUCGACAAGCUGGCCAGGAACGUGGAUGAAGCGAAGAACGGUUACAUCGAUAUUUCAUCUCACUGCAUACAAGUUUUUAGCGAGCUCAUUUUUAUUGUCGAUCUAAAGCCUGUGCUUGGCAAGUUCUUUACACCGGAGUGGUACUCGAGGACCGAUAUGGCUUCCAUCAUCACAACUUUCAAAGACUAUGUGGAGGAGUUUAUCCCCCGCAUUCACCGCUCGCUGCGGGAUCUUAUCAUCGACUCUCUCGCCGAUGAGCUGCUUGUUCAGUAUCUUGGGGCCGUGCGCAACAAGGGUGCCAAGUUCAAGAGAACGGACCAGUUUGCAGCAAAGAUGAAGGACGAUCUUCUCACAGCCUUCGAAUGGUUCAGGACAUUCGGCGAGCAAGGUGCCGACAUCAUGCAGCGAUGGCGCGCUGUGCAGGAGUUCCUCAAGCUGCUUGAAUGCGACAAGUCGCAAGUGCAGUUUGCGUACGUUGAAUUCAAGACUGCUUAUCGCGAUGUUACUAUUACAUGGGUGGAAGCUGUAUUGAAGACGAGGGACGACUUUGACCGGAGCAUGUUGAACGCGGUUAAAGCAAAGGCUGCAGAACCUAUUGGGGAAGAGUCGCCUCCUGAUCCGAUUAUGGGCAGGGUGAAGUAG